AUGGUAGUGGCAGUGCCCCUUCUGAACGUUAGAGAAAGCCAUGGUCUGCAUCUGAGAUAUAGAGGACUAGCUGUAUCCUGUUUUCAGCGCUUCUUCUUCUACGUGUACAAGGUGCUGAAGCAGGUGCACCCCGACACCGGCAUCUCCUCCAAGGCCAUGAGCAUCAUGAACUCCUUCGUCAACAACAUCUUCGAGCGCAUCGAGGGAGAGGCUUCCCGCCUGGCGCACUACAACAAACGCUCCACCAUCACCUCCAGGGAGAUCCAGACCGCAGUGCGUCUGCUGCUGCCAGGAGAGCUGGCCAAGCAUGCCGUGUCUGAGGGCACCAAGGCCGUGACAAAGUACACCAGCUCCAAGUAA